AUGCACCAUGUAGAGCGUCCCGCCAGGACGUCCCUCGGGCAGUACGCGCGCAGCUUCCGCCACGCGCUCUUCGCCUCCCGCCUCAACAUCCUCCUCGUCUUCGUGCCGGCGGGCGUCGUGACGUACCUGACCAAGGCGCCCCCCGUCGCCGUCUUCAUCACCAAUUCCAUUGCCAUCAUCCCGCUGUCCGCGCUGCUGACGGACGCGACGGAGCGCAUCGCGGCCGACGCGGGCGACACCAUUGGCGCGCUGCUCAACAUCAGCCUGGGCAACCUGGUCGAACUGAUUCUAUUCGUCGCCCUCGCCAAUGGACACACCCGCAUCGUCGAGGCCUCCAUCCUGGGGUCUAUCCUCGUCAACAUCCUCCUGAUCCUGGGAUCUGCCCUCCUCGCCUGCAGCGUCCUCGGCAUGGACACCACCUACACCACCGCCGGAACGCAGGUCCUCGGCUCCCUGCUCUUCGUGUCUGUCUUUGCCUUUCUCAUGCCCACCGCGUUCGAGUACGCUUUUGACUCGACUGCCGACGUCCACACUGAUACGCUCAAGAUGAGCCGCAUCACCGCCUGCGUCGUCCUGGCCAUCUACGUCCUCUACGUCGUCCACGAGCUGCAGGCGCCUACCAAGACGGCCGCGGCCCUCCAGAUGAAAACCUUCGAUUUUGAGGCCAGCAGCAGCAGCAGCGCGGAACCCGAGACAACACAGAUCCCUCCUCAGGGGAACACUGCUGUCGGUGUCACCCAUCCCCUGCCGCUCCGCACCAUUCGCUUUGCAGACGAGAGUCUCGUCGAUACCGCCGACGGCCCGCCGAACGUCUCAACGCGCACCAGUGGAGAGUUUAGCAAGCCGUUCGAGUCUGGCCCGGACAACAAUCCACGGACCAGUUUUGGCAUGGAGGAUGAGGGUCGACGAUCUUCUUUCACGGCGGCCCGGACCGCAGCCACUUCAGCCUACCGCCAGUCCGUCUCGCGUGGUCGCUCCAUCUCCCUCACCUCCCUCAACGGCCGUCCGAGUCGCGACUCGUCAGUAGGAUCCGAGAGUCGCCGAGCCAUUAUACGCUCCGCCCUGCCCACGAUGCGCACGAUGCGCAGCUACGACGACGAAGCCUUUGUCGAUCUCGCCGAGGGCCUCCCACACCACACGACGCGCGCCAUCGAGCGCACCGUGGCCAUCCUCGUCCUCAUCAUCAGCUCGGGCAUCAUGUCCAUGAACGCCGAGUUUCUCGUCUCGACCAUUGACCAGAUCACGCACGACGGCCACCUGUCCGAGUCCCUCAUUGGCCUCAUCAUCCUGCCCAUUGUCGGCAACAUGGCCGAGUACAUCACCGUCGUCACCGUCGCCUGCCGCGAGAAGCUCGACCUCGCCGUCGCCGUCAGCGUCGGCUCCUCCAUCCAGAUCGCCCUCUGCGUCGCCCCGCUGACCGUCAUGGCCGGCUGGGUCCUCGGCGCCGAGCUCAUGCUGACCUUUGACUUUUUCGAAAUGGCGGCCCUCAUGGGGACCGUCUUGCUGGUGAACAUUAUCAUCCUCAGCGAGAGCUCUGGGGGCGCGCGAUCGAAUGCCCUUCGUGGAGGGUUAAUCUGUGGCUCGUAUGCCAUUAUUACGUGA